UACUAUCUAUCUAUCUAUCUAUCAUCCAGUUACAUCUAAAGAUUGUCACUUAUCAACGCAUUCUAUCAUAUAUCCAUCGCUGGGAUUACUGAGAAUACUUAUUGAGAAUUGUAAGUACACUAUCAUGCACAAUUUAUCGGAAAGGUGGUUGUUAGGAGUGGAAGAAGAUAGCUUCUUCCCAGUAUACUACCUCAUCCUCGACCAACCAUCCAUUGCUUUCAAUCAUACAACACCUACAACUACAACUACACCCACCAAAAUGUCCUUCCUCACCCCCAUCCGCGCAUCUACCCUCCGCCUCUCCCGCCCUGCCUUUGCCUACACCACCACCACCUCUCCUGCAGCAGCAGCUUUCCACACCAGCAUUCCUCGUCCAGGCUUGAAGGAAUCGGAUCACAACCGCGACGACCUCGCCAACAUCUACGAGGCCGAGAAACACGACCAAGUAAAGAGCAGCAAGGAAGGCAAGGCUAAAUGGAAGCAGGAAAUCGCUAGUGAUAGUGAGGCGUCGGUCAAGGCCGAUCGCGGCGAAGUAGACAGUGAUGAUAACAACUUCGGAGCCAUGCAGGAACGGACGAAAGGGUUGCCGAAUAGGGAUGGGCCCGUGAACAAGACUCAAUAAAUUGUGUUUUACUUCUUACUUAAGGGAUGGGUUCUGAGAUUGCAAUGAAAUGAAACUGCUAUCCUUUUGUUCAUGUUGUGGUCUGUUGU